AACUUCGAAACAGCGGUGCGGGAGAACGUUACCAUUAAUGGGCAGCCCUGGGAGGAGACUUCAGACGACUCGGAGCUGCAGAGAGGCUCCAGUAUUAAAAUUCUUGAAGAUCAAUUUGAUGAACUAAUAGUAGAGACGACAACAAAGCGUAAACAGUGGCCUAAAAAGAUACUGAUGCAUGCUAUCCAAGCCAUGAAAGCGGAGCAGGAGAUGUUGAAGCUCUACCAGCCUGUUGUAACACCAGAAGAGAUAAGAUCACAGCCUUCUCAAGAUGCUUACAUCACACAUCUGAAGCAGGUGACAGAAAUGGCAUCCAAACAGAUCAGUGGAGCAAUGAAGUCUCUCCCAGCACUAAUAGAAAGAGCAGAAGGUUUUUCCCAAGCGUUAAGUUGGCAACCAACCUUGGAACUCUGCAAGCUGCGGCAAGAAGUCUUUGCUGGUUGCAAGGCAAAGGAUGAAAAUAACGUCCAAAAUUUCGUGUCACCAGGAGAAGUCACACCAACAGAUGCUGAUACCAGCAACAAUCCUUAUGUUUUGCUAAAAAGAAAAAAACCUACAAGUUCACCAGAAAGAAGACGCUACCCGCUUCGACGGAGGAAAAUUAUUCUCAGCACAUGA